AUGGCGGCAGCCGCCAAAGCACCGCCCUGGUUCGAUCUCGCCGGGAGAACGGUUGAUCCUCUUUUUCGUAUCCUCUUCGCCAAUACCGCGUCCUCUGUCCGUGUUCGAUGGGUGUCCAGACUCGUCCUUUUCCGGGAGCUGCUCAAGAUAAAAGACAAGGCCCGCCUGCCAUUUCUUUCUCCAUCCUCAUCAACUCCCAUCCCCAGUUCCAUGGCUCGCUCCAUCUUUGACCGACCUCCUACUCCAUACCCCACUCAGGCUCAUCCCCAACCGUUUGCUACGGCCAGGGUGCACCAUCCCAUGGCGAUGAUUGUAGAUCACCCAGCCAAUCACCCUGCACCUGUGACUACUACCGCUGGUAGUUUGCCUCUAGCUGCUAGGAUCUCGCCUGCGGGUGCUACCCCCGUCAUCAAUGGGCCUCCUUUUCAGUUAGCAGGGAGAGGUCCCCCCCCAGCUUAUAGCGGUCCCGGCCUCGCUCGACCUGCUCCCGGCUAUCGUAGGUACAACAUCGGCUUCAACAGAGGCGGAUUCCGAGGGAGUUUCAACCUAGGAUCAAAUUUCAGACCCCGUGGUUCAAUCUCGCCCUUUCAUCACUUCAAUCAACGAAGACAGGCGCCUAACCGCCUCCGCACCCCGGUGGUCACUGUCAAUCGGGCUUCCAUUGGUGCCCCUGACUUCCCGCUAACCGCGCCACCGAGCCGCAUCCCCUCCACACCAGCCAGUAGUGUGGAGGAGCUAAACCUCGUACGCUCUAAUUCGUCCUCUUCGAUCAGCAGCGUUGCUUCGGCCGAGGACUUCGUCCUUCCUCGACCCCGCGUUCCAUCCCCAACUCCAGCUGGGAUGUACGACCCUGCCGACUAUCACCUCCUCUUGCGUCACCAGGUGGAAGCUCUGCUCGAUCGACGCGCCGACCCCGCCCGUUUUGAUAGAUAUGCAUUUACACCCCAGCAUAUUGAUGACCUCUACGAGUCCAUCACUACUGCGAUGGUCAAUCAUUUCACAACUUACCCUGCUGCUAAUGCAGCAGAGCACGAGAGCCGGGUUCGUUUAUUCCGAUUUGCGAGUGGCCGCCACCGCACCAUGACUCGUAGACCUCCGCCUCGAAAACCAGCUUCAAUGGACGACUAA